AGCCUUACCACCCAAAGACCACUGGAUUCUUACACUUGUCGGAGCAUCGAAGGGUUGGCCCUUGCCUCGUGCCAUGGCGGAGCCUGAAGCCGUGGCGAAUGGAGGAGCUUCAGGCUCGCAGAAAGGAGAAGCAGCGCCACAAUCAGUCAGGGUGAAUGUCAAGAAUUUGACUUCGAGUUGCAGUGACGAGGACCUGCGAGGCCUCUUCGAGAGCUUUGGGACUAUCACUGAGGUGCAGGUGAAGACUAACCCUGAUGGCACCUGCAAAGGGGUCGGCUUUGUGUGUUUCGCGACACAGGCCGAAGCAGAGAAGGCGGCCUCAGAGAUGAAUGCCAAAGUGCUAGAGGAGAGGGCCCUCAGCGUCCGGAUCGUGGAACGGCGUGACGGAAAGGGUGAAGGCAAAGGAAAAGGAAAAGGCAAGAACAAGGCACAUACGUUUCAGAGCCCAUACUGGUAUGGCCAAGCAGACCCUAUGGCCGGCAUGGGGUACCCAGCGGGCUUCUACGAGUACAGCAUGACGAAUCCGUACGGAUAUGAUCUCGGAGCUGUGUAUAACGCAAUGUAUGGAUCUCCCAACAUGUUCAACGGAUUUUCUAUGGCUAUGUCUAUGAUGCCGCAAGCUGAGGCUCACAAAGGGCAUGGCCAAGUGGAUCCCAAUGCCAUUGCAGCGCUGCAGCAAGCUCAAUUGUUUGCCCUCCAGUCCCAGGUGGCAGCUGCGUCAAAGGAAGAGGCAAAGGGAAAGGCAAAAGGCAAGAGCAAAGCCAAGGGUAAAGGCAAGACGCAGGAGAAGCCAACAACUGUAGUUGUUGCUGAAGCUCCGCCUCCAGACAAGGAGUUUGUUGGUUCAUUGAAGUCGCUCAGCGGCAAGAAUGGAUAUGGCUUCAUCGCAUGUGCGGAGAUCCAGGAGAAGUUCCAUCGAGAUGUUUGGGUUGAUACUGCUUUGUUACCUGAAGGGGUAGAGGUAGAAGAUCGACCGCAGCUGAAAUUCAACGUGACUUUGAGUCCCAAGGGCCACCCACAGGCCAAGAAUGUCAGAGUAGCCUGAGAAGGAGUGAGCUGCAUGAAAUAGCCGGUGGUGUUCUCCGUGCCGUCCUUAGGAGAAACAGGACUGUCGUUUGCCGUUUCGAAAGGCAGUAGCUUGGCUCAGCUUCCGGCAACAAAUAGGUUGUUUGCACGUGCCAAAAUGUGGCAACAUGUUUGGCUCCAUGCGUUUCUGGGCAGUUUUUGACAGCCAGAGACACCCGUCUGCGCCGUCUCAAGACAGGCAGUUUGUACAGAUUAAGCAUGCAACCGUUUGGUUGCCCUGGUUGAUGGGGGAAGCAGUCGUCAUACAUGUUUCAUGGGUGCUGAUGUGACGAACAGGAGGCCAAGUCAGGCGCAAUGUCCGUUGGAUGAUGACGAUUUGGAAGCUUCAAAGAAAACAUGGCGUUGGAAGCCCCAAUCGAAAGGCAAGAAAGGGAUCCAAGCAAUCACUGCGCCUUUUGCGGGAACCAGCUUCGCGCGGAGACGCAAAAGGAUUCGAGAGAAGUGAACCUUGCUUUUGUGUGUGUGGUUCCUGGCUAUAGCUGGCUCUAUGCGCAAUGCAACGUACAACCCGAAGAUGUAUCAUUCUGGGCGGGUAAAGAAGCUGCGCGUGGACGAAGUGCAAAGUCCACAACAGUGUUUUGAAUGUGCAGGAGAACAGGCCUGUGAGAUGUACAUCCGUUUGGAUUCUAAUGAAUCUUUCGUGUGCAGUGUGUGUCCCUGUUGACCACACAGAAACCAGAGGCAUCCGCG